AUGGCCGAGCCGAGCUGCCCGCCGCCAGCCACAGGCAUGGUCCGCGUCCUGCUCCAGCUCGAAGGCCUCUUCCUCCUCGUUGCCUGCCUCGUGGGCUACGCGCGACUCGAAGGCAAUUGGAUCGUCUUUGCAUGCGGCUUCUUCGCCGGCGACCUCUUCUCGGUCGCCUACGUCGGCGGCAACUGGCUCGGCGCGAGCGUCUACAACCUCUCGCACACGCUCGUGGGCCCGCUCAUCGUGCUCGCGAUCUACGCGGCGCUGCCGUCGUCGCCAGUAGGCGUGGCCUACGCAGGGCUCAUCUGGAUGGCGCACAUUGGCUGGGAGCGUUCGCUCGGGUACGGCCUCCGGUACCCCAAUGGCUUUCUCGCGACGAGCAUCACGGUCGAUCAAGACCCGACGACGUACUUUAGCAAGCCACAAGAGGCGAACGAGACCCCCGUCGUGUCGUACAGUACGUUCCAGCCCUCCGUGUAA